AUGUGCGCUGGUUUGAUGGAUGCCUCAGGCUAUCUACAGACCUUGGAGAUGAUUGAUCGUUCCCAACUCACCGAGACCACCAUCGAUGGGACCUUGCGACUGGUCACGGUCUUUGGCGACGCGACGCAGACUGCGGAGGCGCCGACCGGGUCGUAUGAGGAGCGACGUGCCACCAAGGAGAUCUUGAACGAUCUGUCCCAGAACGCGGAAUUCUCCAAUGUGAUGGAACAACGAAAGAGUAUCGUUCUGGUGCGAGGAGCGCUCGGACACCAGGUGGCCCAGUUUCUGUGCCGGGCUUUGGACAUGAGGUGUAGCAUUAUCUGGCUGUUGGACUUGCCACAAGACUUUUUGCUGGCGCGAGCUGAAGUGAUGGCCAACUACAGUGAGGACAUCAAAAGCAGCCGAGCGGUGCUGAUCCUCCCCUUUGACCGCUACGACCUGAGCGCUACGACCUUUGUGGACGGAACGAGUUCCGCGACGGAGGAGACCGAGCCGCACGGUGCGUGGGAACAUCCGCAUUGGGAGGCACUGGCUCUCUCCUUGGCGCAUGCGAUGGCCCUGGAAGCCGAGGAGGACCUGGUCUUGCAUGUGGCGCUUCACCACGAUCUCACUGAUGCCAGCGACGAUCUGGCCGUGGUGUCUUGCCGACAAAGCUGUCGAGUGGGCUUCGUGCAUGGGCUGGCACAUAUGGAGCAGAGGCAUUUUGUGAAAACUGGACUGGCCAGUGGCAUCCUGUAUGGAGGCCAUCGAUGCUGGAAAGGAUUUCUUUCUUAUGUUCAUUGA